AAAAAAAAAAAAAGAUUAAAAAAUUAAGAACGCACAAAAAAAAAAGUAGGUAUCAAUCACCUUCCCUCCGCAGCACUUUAGCAUCCCUGCCGCCGCCACCACCUUUCUUUUGGGUAGACUCUUAACCAAUCAGCUCUCUUCAUCUAUUACCCUAUCUCCUUAUUCUAUCACAGCCAAUUGCAACGUUAUGGAGCCCUCUACCCCUCUCUUCUCGGACUUGACCCUGGAGAUAUUCGACGACUUCAGUCACAAUCCCUUCGUCGUCCGCACUGCGAAGGCAGGCCCCAACAGCACAAGUACCGACAGCAGCGCCGGUUAUCUCGACAAUUGCAAAAGCAGCAACACCGCCACCACCACCACCACCACCUCAGCCCAUGCCGACCCUUAUAACAACAACAACAGCAACAACAACAACAACAACACCACCACCGCCAGGAGCUAUUGGGAUGUUAUCAUCUCCGAUGACCAGCUCGCCGCCACUGCCGCCGCCGCCGGCCUGGACCUUACUCCGGAACUCUCACCGUCUAUGAGUAUUUGCUCCCCUGCCUUCAACGAGGUCAAUUCUCCCUAUGGCUUCGAUAGCGUCGGAUUUGAUGAUUUCAUCCCCAGUCCAUCGGUCUUUGACUCUCCCUAUGAACAAUCUAUUGGAGGCGAACAUGUCGCUGAGAGGAGCUUCGACUUUGACUUUGACUUCCGCAUGGAUAUGUCUCAAAUGACGGACUUCCAGCUCUUCCCCGACUGCACCACGGAGUCAACCUCGCUCAAGAAGCUACUCAUGAUGCCAGCCCCCGCCGAGACAGAGCUGAUGACUACCACGGAGUCUCCGGCUGAAUCUAGGCUCAACUGCGUUCCGACAUCGGUCUGCGAAUCUAUCAGUCCCGCUGCCCUGGAGUACUUCCCCGACUCUUUUUCGACAGCAAAGAUUCUCGGCCAGGAUGUCAUUGCGCCCAUGGAGAACGUUGCGCCCAGGAAACCAGUCCAGUCUCCCACCAAGCCCGGAUUCCAGCCCAACAAGAAACGCCGUAGACGCCGUAUCACUACUGAGGAUGCCUGCCGUGUCGUUCCAGAGGACGACCCCAAUGGCAAGGCCCGCUACCAAUGCUCAGAGUGCCUGAAGACAUUCUCUCGGCCCUUCAACCUGCGUUCGCAUCGCACAAUCCAUUUAGGACUGAAGCCUCAUGCCUGUACCCAUGUCGACAAAAAGGGCGUCGUUUGCCAUUGGUCGUUUGCCCGGCGCCACGAUCUGGAGCGCCAUAUGCGCAGCCGCCAUUUGACCAAGGAGACGAUUACGUGCAAGACCUGCGGAGUGACAUGUACCCGAAGCGAUGCCAUGCUGAGACACCUAGCCAAGAACGAGGCCUGCGAGAUUGCCGCAUCCGAGUUGGAUGAUCAGGAUAUGGAUCAAUGCCUAGCGUGCCGUGCGGCUGAAGUAGCAAAGCAAUCGCAAACAGCGUGAACGGAACACAAACAACGACUCAGCAGCCUACACCUAUACUUUUUUUUUAUAUAUGUUCCUUUUCACUUCGUCUUUUUUUAUCGUUUUUUUCCACUUUGUUUUUAUUUAUUUCGAUCUGUCCGACUCAAGGUCCUUCCUCAGCUUGCAAGAACCAGAAUGACGAUCUCAGGACGCCUUCGAGUCCGGCAAUCAUCCUUUUCAUAUUUAUUUAUUAGUAGCCUGGUGCAGUGCACACUCUCUAUUCAUCUUUCAUCUGCACGUAGUUAUACCCAAAAGGAGAAAAAAAACAAUAAAAAACACUCGAUUUUAAAAGGAAC